AUGGAGUUCACAGGACCCCGCGCUUGCCUCAUGGCUCUGUGGCUGGUGGGCCUGGGCCCCCGCAUCCACAGCUCCGUCCAGGGCCAGGACCCUGGCGAGCGGCCGCUGGAGCUAAAGGAGGUCUUCGCACUGUUUCAGGCACAGUAUAACCGGAGUUAUCCCAGUGCUGCAGAGCACGCUCGCCGGCUGGCCAUCUUCGCCCGCAACCUGGAGCGAGCCCAGGAGCUGCAGGAGAAAGCCCUGGGCACGGCCGAAUUUGGGGUGACGCCCUUCAGCGACCUCACAGAGGAGGAGUUUGGCCAGCUUUAUGGGCUUCGGAGGGCAGCUGCAGGGCCCCCCAAAAUUAAUGCAAAGGCCGUGGUUGAAGAGUGGGGCGCACCGGUGCCACCCAGCUGUAAUUGGACGAAAGCUGAUGUGAUCUCCCCCAUCAGGAACCAGGGACAGUGUAAGUGCUGUUGGGCCAUGGCGGCGGCAGACAACAUCGAGGCCCUGUGGGCCAUCGGGCAGCAGUACAAAGUGAACGUCUCUGUGCAGGAGCUAAUCGACUGUGACCGCUGCGGGAAAGGCCACGAGGGAGGCUUUGUGUGGGACGCAUUUUUCACGGUUCUCAACAACAGCGGCCUGGCCAGCGAGCAAGACUACCCCUUCAGGAAGGACUGCAAGACCCAGAGGUGCCGGGCCAGGGAGCACAGGAAGGUGGCCUGGAUCCACGACUUCGCCAUGGUGCCCAAGAACGAGCACGACAUGGCUGCCUACCUGGCCAACCACAGCCCCAUCACGGUGACCAUCAACAGAAAGCUCUUGCAGCUGUACACCCGGGGCGUGAUCAAGGCAACGGCCGCUGACUGUGACCCACGGGUGGUGGAUCACGUGGUCCUGCUGGUGGGUUUUGGCAAGAACUUGGGCCAGGCCACCACGGCACUGCGGCCUCGCCCGCGCCCCUCUAUCCCAUACUGGCUCCUGAAGAACUCCUGGGGGGUCGAGUGGGGUGAGAAGGGCUACUUCCGCCUGCACCGUGGGAGCAACACCUGCGGCAUCACCAAGUACCCCUUCACUGCCCUGCUGGACCAGCUGGGGCGACAUCCCUGCCCGCGCUGA